CAACCUACCUCAUAUUUACGCUGAUAGACUUGUCACACGAGAAACACCCCCCAACUUGAAAAAGGCCAUUGCCGUAACCCUCUAUCCUUAACGUGAAGAGUCCCUUUCGGACACCCCCUUUCACUGGCCUGAUCGCACCGCCACCCGAGCCGAUCUUUCUCGCAUGCGCACGCCGAGUGGUCACUGCAUCCCUGUGCUCCUUCAAGAGCCUCACCCAUAAACUCAACAAAGACCCCGAAACACCUCACUCGUUCCACCGCCCAUGGCAUCUACAGCAUCUGGCCUCACGCGCCGAAGAGGAGGAGGUGCAGUGAGUAAUGCAGACAACGAGGACGGAAGCAGGGUCAGCUCGCCCGUCCCCAAGCGCGCCGACGACCGCACCCCAGAAACAUCAUAUGAGAACUCUGAAAAUGGACACAAGAUUGCAUUCGAUCCGCGGGAUAUUAGCGAGAGCUCGGAGAGGAAUAAGCAGCCCAAACUGACGCUCAUGGAGGAGAUAAUCCUCAUGGGUCUGAAGGAUAAGCAGGGAUACCUUUCGUUUUGGAAUGACAACAUAUCAUAUGCGCUCAGAGGAUGCAUCGUCAUAGAAUUGGCGUUUAGGGGCCGAAUAAGCAUGCAGAAGGACUCUUCGCGGCGGCGGUUCCCCCUUGCUGAUCGGGUCAUUGAGGUCAUUGAUGAUACUCUGACCGGUGAAGUGUUGCUGGAUGAGACAUUGAAGAUGAUGAAGUCGAGCGAGAAGAUGAGCGUCAACUCGUGGAUCGACUUGCUUAGUGGCGAAACGUGGAACCUCAUGAAGAUUGGCUAUCAGCUUAAACAAGUCCGCGAACGAUUGUGCAAAGGGCUCGUCGACAAGGGCAUCCUACGCACCGAGAAGAAGAAUUUCCUCCUCUUCGACAUGGCUACGCAUCCUGUUGCAGACGGUGGUGCAAAGGAGGAGAUAAGAAGACGGGUUCGCAAUGUCCUUACAAGCCGCACCGUUGUUCUCCCCGCCAGCCAAUUCCUCCCAGAAGAAAUGGAGUUCAGAUACCUUCGGACUAUCACGAUGGUCUGCGCCGCAUAUGCUGCGAAUGUGCUGGAGAACGCCUUGACUACCCUUGGACAUGAAGCACGGGAACGUGCUUUUGCGCAGGUCGACGAGCUACUGGCCGAGUACUCUCAAUGGCCAUUCGCUCGGCGGGCAGGCGGCUCUGCUGGUGUCGGUGCCAAUCUCGGCCAAGUCAUCAAUGACGAGGUCAACAACGGGAAGGAUAAGGAGUUACAACUUGAGGUGGUUGCUGCAUGUUUGAGCGUCUUUACCAGACUUGACUCUUUGCUCUAAGUAUGCACUCCACUGGGACCGAUUGUCCGAACACAGGCAGCUUGUUCGACGUUGUUGGUCCUCUCAAUUUAAGGAACGGGUCCCCCAACACGAUCUACGGCCUCAGCAUAGAAAGAAAAGGUUCUAAAAGAUGGAACGAGUCUACAAGACAAUGGCGUCGUGCCGAGGCUGUCUUUGGGGACUUUUGACAUGUUCUUUUCCAGCGUUUCUGUUCAGAGCAACUGGUGGGGAUGUAUGGCGUUCGGCCCAACAUUCGAACGGAUGUAUUAGCAAACGGCUCUUUUAAUUUCCUUAGGGGAUGUGAGGACUAAUGUUACAAAAUUCACACUCGUGCGCGGAAUUGCUUUUGUGUAGCGUGCUCUUUAACAGAUGGACUGAUCUCCUCCCCUACAUCCCGCUGUUAAGGACUCGUUACGCCUCCAGAGUUCGCCGAUGUGAUCCAGAGGAGGUCGAAUGGAGCAUUUCUAGCGCUUAUCACCCCGACACCAACAUUGG